AUGUUCUUCUGUAUGUCUGCACAACCAUGUGAUCUGCUUGAACUACUGUCCUCCUGUGAUUUCCUGGUCAACAUUCUACCGUCUACACCUGAAACUCGGGGUCUUCUGAGUGGGGACGUGCUUUCCCACUGUAGGAAGAAGCCUCUGUUCAUCAACGUUGGACGCGGAUACAUAAUUGACGAUGAGAGUCUUCUUUCAGCACUCAGAGGAGGAUGGCUGUCGGGGGCUGUGCUGGACGUCUUUGCGGAGGAGCCCUUGUCUCGAGAUAGUCCUCUGUGGGGAGAGAGGGACGUGGUGAUCACACCGCACGCAUCUAACCAAAGUGAUUGUAUGGACUCAUACAAAAAGUUAGCGUCCAUGUUUUUGGCCAACUUUAAUCGUUACGUGAACGGACAAGCGCUGGAGAAUGUUGUGGACAUUGACAGGGGAUACUGAGCGACAUGUUUUCAUUGGGUCGGUUCAGCGUUUCUGUUGGGCUGUUGAAUUGAGAGUUACAUCCAAACGUAACAGUUCACUUUAAUGCUGGCGACUGCGAGUACUUGGACUUUUAACGCUUUGUUGGAUAUUUCAGCGUUAUUUGUAGACAUGUUUUUCCCCAACUACGAGCAUUUACAUUCAGAAACAAUAAAUUCGACAUAAAUACCAGAAUCCAUUGAGCAAGUUUCAUGAAUCUGGGAACCGGACAUAAAAUAUAUCGUGCCUGUAUGCAAGCAUUUGCAAAAGAGCUCAAAUGGAGAGUGAUUUAUCUGCGAUUACAAGUUCGAUUCCACUGAUAUAUAAGUCACAUAUGUUGUUUGCGUUUGAGUUAUUUCACAACAAACAUUUCCUUACGUUGUCAUUGUAAUUUGUAUUUAAAUGGUGUUCAAUAAAACAUCUCUCACC